AUGAAUAGCAGGCGGCUUUCAGCGUCUAACGAUGAAUCUCACCCCUCUAUCACGAGGUCUUUUUGGGCGCCACCCGCAAGCCACCCUUCAUAUCUACCCUCACCACAAACCUUUGAUUCCGGGGUUCAGCCUUCCGCGUAUCCUGUAACGAGUCCGGCGCUCUUGCACCCAUUCGGACCAACGCCUUCGGCAUCUGGAACAGAUCCAAGCCAUAGUCCUGAUAUCAUACCCUCAAAUAAGGUCGCGAUUCCUCGGAUUAUUGGUUUGAACCAUGUUCAAGCUCGAAGACGAUCGGCCCGCGCAUGUGAAUCUUGUCGACACCGGAAGAUCAAAUGCGAUGGCAAGAAACCGGUUUGUGGACAGUGUAUCUAUCAUAAGAAUCGUUGCAUGUACGAGGAUGCCAAAAGAAUUCGUGACGAGAAGCAGCUUAAAUCUUUAACUGGCCGAAUUGAAAAAUACGAAAAAUUACUUCACUCGCUUGAGGGAGAUGUCGACCCGCAUGUUGCGCGGAAGAUUCGAAAAACAAUUAAGAUAAUGUUUAACAAUUUUGAAAAUGUACAGCCCAAGGAUGAAAACCAUUCCGAACAAGCCGCAGGUGAACAGUCUGAUUCGUCUUCGUCUGUCGGCUCCCUUGAUGCUGUGGACAUAGUAGGCGAAGACCUCGAUCGCAACGAGAACACGCGCGCCGCUGGAUUUUUCGGCAAGAACUCGGAGAUAUCUUGGAUACAGAAGUUGGAGGAUAAUUCACGAAAGACUGCCGCUCAAUCAUCGCACGGUUCUAUGGAUUUCACACCCGAGAUGGGCAACGUAGGGAAAGACAUCCCCAUCGCAUCAAUGAACUAUCAUCUGGAUGACCUUGAUAUUCCUUUUGUUGACAACAAAACGGAUCCAUUUGCGAUACCAGACCGAGAAUUGGCAGACGAAUACUUCAACUCAUAUAUGGAGUUGGUUCACCCGUUCUUUAGCGCUGUUCGGAAAUCGACAUUUACAUCUCAGUAUUUGUUGAUUUUUGAGCGGCCCUCGAAACCCUCGAGAAAAUGGUUGGCGAUUCUGAAUAUGAUUUUCGCUAUUGGGUGUCGACAUUGUCGAAUGAUUAAUGUCGAGAAGAGCAAUGUCUAUGAUAACGAGAUGAUAUUCUUGACGAGAGCGCGACAACUGAGUAUUCAUUCAAAUACGCUGUUCGAGCAUUCAACACUGCAACAAAUUCAACUCGAGUUUUUGGUUUCCCUUUACCUACUCUGUGCCGGACAGUUAAAUAGGGCAUCCAAAUUUGCAGAUAUGGCUCUCUACUCAGCAAUCUCCCUCGGAAUCAACCUUCGCUUCGAAGAUGAGAACCCCCACGACGAAUCAAAGGAAUCCCGCUGUCGAUUAUGGUGGUCUAUCUAUGCUUUGCAACACCUUCUCACGUCAAUGCAUGGCCGAGCCUCUCGAGUCGGAGAGGGCAUUUGUUCCGUCACCCUCCCCAUUCCUGUCGAAGAAGAAUCAUUUGAGAAUCCAGAGAUCCGGCAUCUCCUCCAUGAUUCCGAAGCCCGGAUUAACGAUCUCAAUGCUUCGAUCUUUGAGAAGCUCUCCAAGCCACACGUUGUACCCGAUUGGGCUACUAAGACCCAGCCAUGUCCGUCCCUCUUUUUUUACUACCUCGUUGAUCUUUCCCUUGUAUCCCAAGCAGUCCUGAACAAAGUAUAUAGCAUCGAGGGUAUGCGUCAAGGAUCUGAUCAUACGGAACACCGUAUCCAUAAAUAUGGCCAGCGCAUGGAUCGUUGGCUCGCGAAAAUACCUCCAGACUACCAAUUUCAUAUUCCCGAUGCAGGUCCUUGGAGCCUAAAUCACUCCAAACUGGACGAUGACAGUGCUCCACACGCUCGUGAACGUGUUUGUCUAGCACUGUACUACUACUCUGCCCGAAUUACGCUCUGCAGACCCUGUCUCAGCCUCAAUUACUCGCCCAACCCAGGCUCCUCGAUAGAGGUGACCCAUCGCGAAAAAAUCCGUGCCGAACUAGCUACGAAUUGUCUCCAGGCUUCGUGCUCGCUUAUUUCUGUCUUUCCUGAGAAUGUUGAUAUUGCCUGGUUAGCGCGCGUAACGCCCUGGUGGGCUGUUCUUCAUUUCCUUAUGCAGUCCACUACUGCGUUGCUUUUGGCUUUGUCGUAUUCUUCUUUGGGUCCGACGGGAGAACAAGAGACUCAUAAUGCGAAUGGAGCAUCUAAUUCUAAGUCGUCUCGUUUGUCAGGGAACCCGUAUGCUGCUAUUUUGGAUACGGAUCUGAGUACAGCGUUUACUAUGAGUAAAAAGGCUGUUGUUUGGAUCCAUGCUAUGGCUUCUGUUGAUCCGGCGGCGAAGCGAGCGUUUCUGCUAUGUGAUGAUAUUGUGAGGAAGAUUGCACCUACUUUGCAAAUUGAUUUGAGCGAUUGGCCUACUUUGAGCUCGUUUGGGGAUAGCGGUCGCUAUGGAGUUGAUCCUGCUGUGGUUAUGGAUAUGAGCGAUUUGGAGGAUUUCGUUGCUUUCGAGGAUGAAUAA